UCAAAACAGUCUAUGUCUGAAUAAAGACUGUUUAAAACCAAUGUCAUAGCAGAGAUAGUGCUGUGACCUUCUCUGAAACCAGACUGAUAUUUAGAUAAAACAGAAUUUUCAUGAAGAAAUGAUUUCAGUUGCUGGUUUACUAGAGAUUCUAACAUUUUUGCUAAACACAACAGUUUUGAGAUUGGCCUAUAAUUAUUCAGAUCUGUUGUCUCACCACCUUUAUGCAGAGGAAUUACAUGAGCUGUUUUCCAGACCCUGGGAAUUCUGCAAGCUACAACUGAAAGAUUAAAAAUGUAUAAAAAGUAUUCUAAAAUAAGCGGGGCUGUGAGACGCAAUAAAAAGGGGUCCAGCCCAUCUUCUCCAGUGGCUUUUCGUGGAUUAAUUUGUGGAAGAGAUCAUGCGUUUUAGAAACAGUAGAGAUACAUACACACGUCAUUAUGAAGAUUUAAACUUGAGCAAUGUUAAGUGAUUGCCUUAUCACAUUUUAUCACAAACAGCCAGUUUAAAGUAAGAAAUCUUACCUCCAAUUAGUCCUUUUAGAUUGUUUACUGAUCUAGCUCACCCAAAAUGGUUCUCUAUCUAAGACUGAAUAAGUCCCUCUAUUUAAAGUGCAGCAGCUGUUGGUGGGCUGGCUUUUAUAUCAUACCAGUAAUAAAUACUCCAUGACAUUAAUUUUGUCCUUCAUUCUGUCUCUUCCCUUCAUAUCAGCAGAGAAAAGAGAGAACUUUUUCCACACCUUCACUGAAAGCUACUCAGAUAUCAAGGAACUAUGGAUUCCAAAAUUGCUAAGACCUGUCAAAGCCUCACCACAGCUGAGGACAUGAGAAACCACACCAAGCUUGUGAUGCAGCCUUAUGCCAACUGGGAGGAGUACCUGACUCCUGCACCACUCUCCAUAGCCAUCCUGGGAGAGCUGGUCUUCAUCUCUUCUAAAACAGAUUUCUCUAUGAACAAAAACCCACCCAAAGACGGCUACAAGCACAUCAGAUACCCAGAUUCAUUUCGUGCCUGUCUCAUGCAAGUGUGUAACUCUGGCUGGUGGGCUUUCAAUGAGGCCCACAAGAACAUGGAUCAGAUUCGGCUUCACACCAUGGCUGUUCCAGACUAUAUGAAGACUGCAGUGAAGAUUCUGUUUCAAGGUAAUGAUGAAGUUGUUGAAGCUCACCUUCCUGACCAGCUGGAGAACAUUCGUGUCAUUGCAGAUGACUGUCUUGCAUUGGCCGAAUCAACAGAAAAGAGAUUCACUGAUGUCAUCAAUAUUAUCCAAGAGCUGCUGGAAGCCUGUAAAAAUGCUCAACAAUUUUAUGGAGAAGAGCUGGAAGAAAUCAAGAAGAAACUGGAGGAGAAUAAAAUUAGGAAACAGUCAUCAGAAGAAGCUGCUAAACGCUCUGAGAAGGCAGUUAAAAUCAUGGAACAGGAACUGAAGGAGGCAAAUGACACAUACAGAAAAGCAAUGGGUUCCCUUCCCAGUGGAUGGAACAUGCUGGCUAUGGAUCUUUUUGGAGCUGUGAUUGAGAGUUUCACAUCUGUAGUCACUGGACUGACGGCUAUAGUGACUCAUCCAGUGGUUCAAAUGUGUAAUGCUUCAAAGAAAGUUGCAGAGACAGUGAAAGAUGUAAAAGAUAUGACCUCUUCUGCAGAUGGACUUGAUGAAAUGAACAUCUACAGCAAGUCUGCAGAAAUCUUGGCCUGGACAGGGCAUAUUCAGCAGUAUGUGCAGAAGAAGGACAUUGACUGGAAGAGUCUGUAUGAUCAGAAGAACAAAUCUACAAAAACAGACUUUGUGAAAGAACAAUUCCAAAGAAUCAGUUGCAACUUAGAACAAUUUCCACAAUGCAAACCAAAGACAAAGGCUCAGAUGUUAUGUGAAGUAGCAAGUAACAUCUGUGAAGAACUGGCAAAAUAUGCACCAGAUGGGAAAUGUGAGGAAGAGAAAACAGAGGAGUUAAUUGAUCAAAUCAAAGAACUGAUUGAAUCUGCCCGCAGUUUUGACUGCAAAAGCAAAGAUGUCACAAAACAUCCUUCCUUGAUUCCAAAACCACCAAUGAUAUUUAAAGAAGAAAGUAAAUCAGAGAGGAAAAGUGCUUCAGGAAGAGUGACAGAGACCGCUAGGUUCCGCAUAGAGCAGAGCCGAGCUCAACUGAAGAACACUAGAGAGACCUAUGACAAGAGUGUUGAGAACAUGGAGAAAAACCAAAAGGAACUCACUGAAAUAUUGAUCUCCAUGCAAAAAUGUGAAUUAAAAGAGAUAGACUUUAACACCACCAUACAAAUGCUGGUCAGAGGGAUGGAUGCCAUGGGCAGAGUGAAGGAGCAAUGGGAGAAGAUGGUGCGCUUCUUUCAGAUGGUGUCCAACAUUGUGAAAGUCAGCCUGACCACAACUCUCAAAGAUUUUGUCUCCACAUCUGAGAAGACUCAGUCACUUUCCUACAACUCAAAGCUCUUCUCCAAAGAUCUGCUCUACAGUCAAGCCUUUCAGGCCACUAACAUCGCCAGCCUCGUCCACAUGAUCUCAGCAACCUACACUGAAGUGUCUGACAAGUAUCUCAUGGAUCGUGUCAGCUCACUGGGGAAACUUAUGGCCAUGGACAAGACAAAACCAGAGUUUGAACAGGAGCGUCUGCAGCUACAAAACAGCUGUAAUGAAGCUCAGAAAGGUAUUUUACGUCUUGUCCUCAAAAAUAAGGAUGAGUUUGAAAGGAAGACUGAUUCAAGACUGGAGAAGAUUGACACAGAGUUGUUGGCCAUUCUUCCCUCUGCUGCUCCAGAAGAGAUGAAGAGCAUCCAAGCAGCUGUUCAAAGUGGAUUCACAGAAGAUGAGGAGGCGUUAUACUCCUGAGUGUAUUCGAAAAAUUGGUUGUCAUUUAAUCCCAAAAUUACAUUAAUGUUAAUGGUAAUUACUAAUUCACCUUGAUAUUUUCCUGCUAAACGUAAUGCUAUCCUUUUCUUUAUCUCGUUUCUAAUUAUCUUUUUAAUUAAUUUUUGCCACCAACAAAAGCAUCUUACUUUUUAAUCUCCUUGAUUGGUUGAACUUCAUCUAAUCAGUGUUUUCACUACUUUGUAAAUAUGAAACAGAGGGUUUUACAUAGUGUACAAGAAAUGAAGAUCCACCAGAUGGCAGAACAUAUACCUGUACACUUUCCUGCACCUAAAAACAUAAAACUGAUUUAAACAAACAUAUAAAAAUAGCAACUUGUUUUUAUGUUUUGAUCAUGGUUUUUAAUGCUACUAAACAUAUUUUAAAAAGAAAUUAUAAUUUGCCAAUCUUAUAUACCUUUGAAGCAAACAUUUUAACACAUUAUAUAAUGUUUUGCAUUGUGAUUGACAAUAGAACGAGAAUCUAAUCUUAAUUAUAUAAACUUAAUGGAGAUAAUAUUUCUUACUGCAAUAAUAAGAACAGACCAAAUACAAAAAAGUCCCUUUGAAUAAACACAAUGCAAUGUUUGAACAAUUUAUUUAACCAGUUGUUACGUGCCAGCAUUGCACGUAUGUUGUUUUUUUUUCUUUUUCUCUCUCCUUUUUCUCCCCAACCAGAUCAGGUGCAACUGUGCGCAUAAUGGACUAAUGUGGAUCUUGAAUACUUGGCAGUGCUCUUCUCUCCACCAAUCCGAAUGGCUGAUUUCUGCUGAGGGAUGGGCCUUGGCAGAUAAAAGGACUCACCUGUGGCCAGUUAUGAAGAAGAGAGCAUUUAGUGUGUUUGAGACUCAGUGGAAAACUGUCCUACUUUAUUUGUCAAGAUGUAGCCAGUAACAUGAGUCUCCUGUGCUCUCUCUCUUUCUAGCUCUCUGUUUUCUCCCCUCUCCAGUGCGAGGUGUGGACAGGCAAGUUGGGCGCGCUUAUACAUAUAUGCAUUCACUGUAGUGGCUGGAUUGUUUAGACACAUCAGGUAAAGGGCGAGUGCCACCCGCUGUGUUUUGGUGAGGAUUAGACUUACGGCUAGGCAGGUUAGAUUCGUUUGCUUGGUUUAUUUCUUUGGCACCGUCCAUAGUCCACCCUUGUGGUUGGUUAAGCUUCACUAGUUUAUAUUUUGUAUACUGAUUAUGGUUAGUCAUCUUUUUUUUAUUAUUUUUUCUUUUGAUUUAUAUUUAGUUUUUGCUCAGCGUAUUGCACCACCUCUCUGUCCAUAUAAGUAAUGCUCUAUUGCAAGUGGGAAGCAAAGUAAAAGUCUUUAAUGCAAACGCC